AUGGCCCUGAUGAUUCCUCCAGUGAAGCUCAAAUGGCUGGAGCACCUGAACGGCUCGUGGAUCAUGGAGGACAGCGAGUCCAUCGCCACGCGGGAGGGCGUGUCGGCGCUGUACUCCAAGCUGCUCAGCAACAAGGAGGUGGUCCUCUUACCUCAGCAGGUGAGAGCAGGAGGUGGUCCUCUUACCCCAGCAGGUGAGAGCAGGAGGUGGUCCUCUUACCCCAGCAGGUGAGAGCAGGAGGUGGUCCUCUUACCCCAGCAGGUGAGAGCAGGAGGUGGUCCUCUUACCCCAGCAGGUGAGAGCAGGAGGUGGUCCUCUUACCCCAGCAGGUGAGAGCAGGAGGUGGUCCUCUUACCCCAGCAGGUGAGAGCAGGAGGUGGUCCUCUUACCCCAGCAGGUGAGAGCAGGAGGUGGUCCUCUUACCCCAGCAGGUGAGAGCAGGAGGUGGUCCUCUUACCCCAGCAGGUGAGAGCAGGAGGUGGUCCUCUUACCCCAGCAGGUGAGAGCAGGAGGUGGUCCUCUUACCCCAGCAGGUGAGAGCAGGAGGAGGUCCUCUUACCCCAGCAGGUGAGAGCAGGAGGUGGUCCUCUUACCCCAGCAGGUGAGAGCAGGAGGUGGUCCUCUUACCCCAGCAGGUGAGAGCAGGAGGUGGUCCUCUUACCCCAGCAGGUGAGAGCAGGAGGUGGUCCUCUUACCCCAGCAGGUGAGAGCAGGAGGAGAUGCGUCCCAAAUGCAACUCUGUUCCCUAUGUAGGCCGUUUGCGACACGGCCAAUAUGUUGUCUGCUUGCACAGAAAUGUUGUUUUGCAUCACAAGCUCUAUGUAUUCACCAGCCUGAGGGCCAGUCUGUUUAUGCUACCAUGCCAACUCCUUGUCACUGAUUGUCAUGCCAAACAUCUGUUGGUCAGAACACAAAGCAAAUCUGGGACCAGAAUAAAGUGUAAUGAGGCCUAAAAGUGAAACCAUCACAUCGUUAACAUAGUACAACACACAUCAUCACAAAACACAUCGUCAAUGCUGUGUCCUCAGGUGCUGUGUCUGAAGGGACCCCAGCUGCCGGACUUUGAGCGUGAGUCCCUGUCCAGCGAUGAACAGGAACACUACCUGGACGCCCUCCUCAGCAGCCAGAUGGCGCUGGCCAAGAUGGUGUGUUCCGACUCCCCCUUCGCCGCAGCUCUCCGCAAACGCCUGCUGGUCCUCCAGAGGAUCUUCUACGCUCUGUCCAACAAGUACCACGACAAGGGCAAGGUCAAGCAGCAGCAGCACUCGCCCGAGAACAACUCCGGAUCGGCCGACCUGCACUCUGUCAACGAGCGGCCGCGGUCCAGCACCGACGCUCUGAUCGAGAUGGGGGUCCGCACGGGGCUCAGUCUGCUCUUCGCCUUGCUCCGUCAGAGCUGGAUGAUGCCGCCGCCCGGCCCCGGAGGACUCAACCUCUGCAACGACGUCAUCCACACGGCCAUCGACGUGGUCUCCUCCCUGCCGCCCCUCUCCCUGGCCAACGAGAGUAAGAUCCCCCCUAUGGGUCUGGACUGCCUGGUCCAGGUCACCACCUUCCUCAAGGGAGUGACCAUGCCAAACUCCGGGGCGGACAUCUUGGGUCGGAGGCUGGCGUCGGAGCUGUUGCUGGGCCUUGCUGCCCAGAGGGGUUCCCUGAGGUACCUGCUGGAGUGGGUGGAGAUGGCGCUGGUGGCGUCUGCCGUGGUCAGCACCAUGGAGAAGGAGAAGAUGAAGGUGUCUCUGCUGAACCCGGAAGGACUGAUUGGAUACGACUGCUUCAUGAACAUCCUCAUGCAGAUGAGACGCUCCCUGGUAAGCGUCCAACAAACACACUUUAUUGCUCCUGAUUUGUCGCGUACUUACAUUGUGUUCUGUAGGUCUAUUGUGCUUUUUAUAAUACCAGAUGUAUUUCUCCAAGCUUCUUCUCCCAGAGGGCUCCUUAUUCAUUGCUCAUGAUUGAUUAAGUCAUUGUGUAUGGUCCCAUUUACCACAUGCCGUGUAAUAUGGCUACAUGUAGCCGUGGCUAACUGUGUACCUGAUGUCUCCUGACUCUCUCUACCAGGGCUCGUCAGCAGACAGGAGCCAGUGGAGGGAACCUAAACGCACAUCAGACGGGUUGUGUUCUUUGUACGAAGCGGCGCUGUGUCUGUUCGAAGAGGUAAAAUAUCCACUCAAAUACCAUUUCACAGGUCAAUUGAUGUUUAGUUUUUUUUUUUUCUCUCUUCUGAAAAAGCUUAUACAGUGUACUGCUUAUGAAUGCAAAAAUGUAUGGGGUUGUGAAUGAAUGAAUGAUGACGUCGUCGUGUACAUGUAGGUUAAGUAGCCUUCAAGUAAAGUCUUGGCGCUAUUCCCUCCCAGGUGUGCAGGAUGGCGUCAGACUACUCCCGUACCUGUGCCAGCCCAGACAGCCUCCAGACGGGCGAGGCUCCCGUUGUGUCAGAGACGUGUGAGGUGUACGUGUGGGGCAGCAACAGCUCCCACCAGCUGGUGGAGGGAACACAGGAGAAGAUCCUCCAGCCCAAGUUGACGCCCAGCUUCGCCGACGCACAGACGGUAAGAGACCACAGGUCUCCGAAGGUGUGUGUGUGUGUGUGUGUGUGUGUGUGUGUCAGUUCAACAAGGAGGAUGUAUGUCCUGUUUUGUCUGUUUUAAGCCAGUGGUUCCCAAAGCUCUCCUCGGGGACCCCCAAGGGCUUGAUGAUUAGUUGAAUCAGGUGUGCUAGCUGUGGAAUAGUUAAAAUACAUGGAAGGGCUGGGGGUCCCAGAGGUGUGAGAACCACUGGUUUAAGGAAAGCUGAUUCCCCUCAGUAGUAAGUCUCUUGAGACUGAUAGUGCAGCCUAGUUCUGAGAGGAAAUAGAACUUAUUAAGAAGAGACAAAGUGAAAUCCAUUGGGCAUGAAGAGUGGCUUUUAUGGAUUGAAAAGAAGAGGUUACUCUCUGUGCUUCCCAUGUUAUGUACUGUACUGUUCCCAAUCAUGGUUGGUUAUUGAAAUAUUGAAUUAGGCUUCGGCGGUAUCCAGAUUGUCAUACCUUCAUGCUGACCUUGUGCCGUACCGGGAUAUUCGGUAAUAUCGGCACUGAACACAAGGGGCGCUAUUUUCAAACCCCACUGAGCUUCUGUAAUCCGAAGGUUAGCAAUGCUAACAAGUACAUGUCAAAUCCCAUAGAGAAUGCUAACCAAAUGCUAAUGAGGUCAUUGCGAACGUUUUAUACAGUAUCUGACAUAAACUAUUUUCAGGACAGACAUCCUAGCUCAUAAAGUUAUAAAGUAAUGCAAAAAUGCUACUCACAGUUUGGUGCACGCACAAAACAAGUAUUAGACAGCAAGGCUCUUGAUCCAGGAGGGGAUUCUCUGCUGUUACCAAGCGAAGCUUGAUUUUGGAAGAAGCUAACCACUUAGCUAGAUAGCUAACUAGCUACUAAAUUAGCAAACCACAUCACAACUGCAGAGCAUUUAGUACAUGUAUUUAUUUAACCUUUUAUUUAACUAGGCAAGUCUGUUAAGAACAAAUUAUUAUUUACAAUGACGGCCUACCAAAAGGCAAAAGGCCUCCUGCGGGGACGGGGACUGGGAUAAAAAAUAAAUAAAACAUAUAGCAAGAGAGACACCACAACACUACAUAAAGAGAGACAACACAACACUACAUAAAGAGAGACACCACAACACUACAUAAAGAGAGACGCCACAACACUACAUAAAGAGAGACACCACAACACUACUAACAGAGUGCCACAGAGAGACACCCACAAACACUACAUAAAGAGAGACACCACAACACUACAUAAAGAGAGAAACCCACAACCACUACAUAAAUAGAGAGACACCACAACACUACAUAAAGAGAGACACCACAAACUACAUAAAGAGAGACCACAACACUACAUAAAGAGAGACACCACAACACUACAUAAGAGAGACACCACAACACUACAUAAAGAGAGAACCACACACUACAUAAAGAGAGACGCCACAACACUACAUAAAGAGAGACACCACAACACUACAUAAAGAGAGACACCACAACACUACAUAAAGAGAGACACCACAACACUACAUAAAGAGAGACACCACAACACUACAUAAAGAGAGACACCACAACACUACAUAAAGAGAGACGCCACAACACUACAUAAAGAGAGACGCCACAACACUACAUAAGAGAGAGCCACAACACUACAUAAAGGGCCAACAUACAUAAAGAGACACCACAACACACAUAAAGAGAGACACCACAACACUACAUAAAGAGAGACGCCACAACACUACAUAAAGAGAGACGCCACAACACUACAUAAAGAGAGACACCACAACACUACAUAAAGAGAGACACCACAACACUACAUAAAGAGAGACACCACAACACUACAUAAAGAGAGACGCCACAACACUACAUAAAGAGAGACACCACAACACUACAUAAAGAGAGACCUAAGACGACAACACAGCCUGGUAGCAACACAACAUGACAACAACAUGGUAGCAGCACAAAACAUGACAGUUAGCUUAAUAGUUACAAGUUAUCUAGCUGGCAAACAUUACGUUGUGAAUUCCAUCCUGUAACUCGAUAACCAAGCGAGUGCUGCACAACAGUGAGUGAGUGACUCACGAGCAAUGAUGUGUCUGUCGCAGCCGGCCGCGACCGGGAGACCCAUGGGCGGCGCACAAUUGGUCCAGCGUCGUCCAAGGUAGGGGAGGGUUUGGCCGGCAGGGAUGUGGGUUCGUUUCCCACGGGGGGCCAGUAUGAAUAAAAAAACAAAACAUGUAUGCAUUCACUAACUGUAAGUGGCUCUGGAUAAGAGCGUCUGCUAAAUGACUAAAAUGUAAAUGUAAAUGUAAACCCUGGAUGACUGACAGGGGGCGCUGUGUUGAAGCCACCGCGCAGCCAUCUUGGUACUCCUCCAUUGUAAAAAAAAAAAAACAUUUUGGAAGCUAUAGAAAUGCAUUUAUAAAUGUCAACAUUAGUUUUUGACACAUUUACUAUUACAGACACCUUAAUGCAUACUUUUAAAUUAUAUUAAUUAUGGUCUCCCGAGUGGCGCAGUGGUCUAAGGCACUGCAUCGCAGUGCUAGCUGUGCCACUAGAGAUCCUGGUUCGUAUCCAGGCCACGACCGGGAGACCCAUGGGGCGGCGCACAAUUGGCCCAGCGUCGUCCAGGGUAGGGGAGGGAAUGGCCGGCAGGGAUGUAGCUCAGUUGGUAGAGCAUGGCGUUUGCAAUGCCAGGGUUGUGGGUUCGAUUCCCACGGGGGGGGCCAGUAUGAAAAAUAAAAAAAUGAUGUAUGCACUCACUAAAUGUAAGUCGCUCUGGAUAAGAGCGUCUGCUAAAUGACAAAAAAAAUUAUAUUAUGAGCUAAACAUAAAAAAUGUUAAAUUAAAUGAUAUAUGAAAACAUUUUUCUUAAAAUAUAUAUUUUUGAGAUUACUAAUGUUAUUGUCCCCACUACAACAACAACAUACUUAAAUACUAAUGUAAUCUUGUCCUUGAAACAUUUAAUUGAAAUGCUGUAGAGUUCCAUUCAUUCCUAUGGAGGACUGCUCCUACUGGGGAGUGGCAAUAUGGCCGACCGGUGGCUUCAAAACCUCUCAAUGGCCCAAUACAUAGUAUCAGCAAUCUAGGGUUUAUAUACAUCAUUGCUCACAAGGCUCCGGUCUCUAGUCGUUGUGUGCUUGUAAACAAACACCACGUGACUGGGGACUACCAGGAAGCUUUAUAAUGGAACAUUAUGUGACAGGGGAAAUUAAGAACACAAUCUUCUUUAUCUCCUAACGUGUUACACAAGUUGACUGCAGGUAUUUACUUAAAAAGUAGCUUCAAAUUAUUUAUUUUUAUUUAUACAAAAUUUCAAAGAAAUAGUUUCAACGGUAUUGACAGUAUUGGAAAAACCGUCCUGUGGCUAUUUCCAAAUACCCCGGUAUACGGUAUACCGUCCAAGCCUAUAUUGAAUGGCUUAAACCAGUGGAAGCAGGUGUGUAGUGUAGGGCAAAAACUACAAAGUGGGUCCCCAGGACCAGGAUGAAGAAACACUAGAAGAGCACUUGUCCAUAAGAAUGACGGUCAACCCCUAGAACCCUGCACCCAGUGCAAGGAGACGAUCAUUAACACAUUCCUGGGAGAAAAAAAAAAGUAAAAUGUUGACACUCCAAUCAAAAGUUGGGCUGCGUAAUCAAUGUUAAAAAAAAAUGACACAUUGGGCUUUCGUGAGUGACGCCUUAGGUGAUUCCCAUAUCCCAGUUAUUGUUGUCUCAUGGUUAAGGAAAAAUGUGAUUCCCUGCACCUGUCCAUAAAAGUGAUGUUUGAAAGUGAUAAGUGGUUCUGACUGAUGACACCCAUGGAUCAGAAAUCAUCCCAGAUUGUUAGGAAAUGCCCAUUGACAGGUGUGAAUCCUAAACCCAGUGCUUGUCUGUGUCAGAUUGAGGCAGGCCAAUACUGCACCUUCGUCAUCUCUUCUGACGGCUCUGUCAGAGCCUGUGGUAAAGGCAGCUACGGCAGAUUGGGUCUGGGAGACUCCAACAACCAAUCAACUCUCAAGAAGCUGACCUUUGAACCACACCGUGCCAUCAAAAAGGUGUCGUCUUCGAAGGGGUCGGACGGACACUCACUGGCCUUCACCACGGAGGGAGAGGUGUUCAGUUGGGGAGACGGGGACUACGGAAAGUUGGGGCACGGGAACAGCUCCACACAGAAGUACCCCAAACUCAUCCAGGGACCUCUGCAGGGAAAGGUAGGACUAGACCACCACAGCCCCUAGACCACCACAGCCCCUAGACCACCACACCCCUAGACCACCACAGCCCCUAGACCACCACAGCCCCUAGACCACCACACCCCCUAGACCACCACAGCCCCUAGACCACCACACCCCCUAGACCACCACAGCCUAGAGACCACCACACCCCUAGACCACCACACUCCCUAGACCACCACACUCCCUAGACCACCACACUCCCUAGACCACCACAGCCCCUAGACCACCACAUCCCAGCCCCUAUAGGACCACCACAGCUCCUAGACCACCACAGCCCUAGACCACCACAGCCCUAGACCACCACACUCCCUAGACCACCACAGCUCCUAGACCACCACAGCCCCUAGACCACCACAGCCCCUAGACCACCACACUCCGUAGACCACCACAGCCCCUAGACCACCACAGCCCCUAGACCACCACACUCCGUAGACCACCACAGCCCCUAGACCACCACAGCCCCUAGACCACCACAGCCCCUAGACCACCACACUCCGUAGACCACCACAGCCCCUAGACCACCACAGCCCCUAGACCACCACACCCCUAGACCACCACACUGCCUAGACCACCACACUCCCUAGACCACCACAGCCCCUAGACCACCACAGCCCCUAGACCACCACACUGCCUAGACCACCACAGCCCCUAGACCACCACAGCCCCUAGACCACCACAGCCCUAGACCACCACACCCCCUAGACCACCACACUCCCUAGACCACCACACCCCCUAGACCACCACACUCCCUAGACCACCACACUCCCUAGACCACCACAGCCCCUAGACCACCACAGCCCUAGACCUCCACACCCCCUAGAACACCACACUCCCUAGACCACCACACUGCCUAGACCACCACAGCCCCUAGACCACCACAGCCCCUAGACCACCACACUCCCUAGACCACCACACCCCCUAGACCACCACAGCCCCUAAUCAACGAGAGGCUGUGUGUUCUAUGGGAAAUAAUGAACGACGUGGAAGGUGUGGUCCACGACACCUUAGCAGAGUGGAACUGACCUUCCACGGAGUUGCAUUAUUUUCCAGAGAACACACAGCCCUUCGUUGAUUAUCCCUUUUAUACCAAGGCUAUAAUUUAACACAUUUGCAGCUAGAAAUGUGUUCAUUUUCCGGUAGGAAUGUGUUCAACAUCCACUGAAGUAGCUAGCAAGUUUACUAGAUAACUACAGUAGUUGCCGUGGUAACCAAACAGACUUGCUAGCUUAGCUAACCAAACCAUCAGUCCUAGCUUGAUAUUAUAAAAAUUUAAUUCAACACUGCCAUUUAAAAUGUUUUCAAUUCAAACAUGUAAGAAUGAACUAUAGCCAUUUAAUUAUACCGUGCAUUAUAGGGAAAUAAUGCAUGCUCUAGAAUGCCCUUCAAGCCAAUCAGAAACGGCUUUUCAACAAUGCCAUGGUAUAAUUAGGCAAUAAGGCCCGUGGAGGUGUGGUAUAUGGCCAAUAUACAACGGCUAAGGGCUGUUCUUAAGCACGACCCAACGCAGAGUGCCUGGAUACAGCCCUUAGCCGUGGUAUAUUGGCCAUAUACCACAAACCUCCGAGGUGCAUUAUUGCUAUUAUAAACUGGUUAUAGAGGCGUAAAUAUAAAUGUUUUGUCAUACCCGUGAUAUACGGUCUGAUAUACAACGGCUGUCAGCCAAUCAGCAUUCAGGGCUCGACCCACCCAGUUUAUAAUAAUGUGUAAUUUCAUUAAACAAGUAUAUUUUAGUGUGUUCCAUUUGUCGUCAUGUCUCAGUCCUGACUGUUGAAUGUUGUUGGGCCAGGUGGUGGUCUGUGUGUCUGCAGGCUACAGACACAGUGCAGCAGUCAGUGAGGAUGGAGAGCUCUACACAUGGGGCGAAGGAGACUUCGGGAGAUUAGGUAAAUAUUAGCACUAUUAGCUCUCUGAACAUUAUUAGCACUCUGAACAUUAUUAGCUCUCUGAACAUUAUUAGCACUCUGAACAUUAUUAGCACUCUGAACAUUAUUAGCACUCUGAACAUUAUUAACACUCUGAACAUUAUUAGCACUCUGAACAUUAUUAGCACUCUGAACAUUAUUAACACUCUGAACAUUAUUAGCACUCUGAACACUAUUAGCACUCUGAACAUUAUUAGCACUCUAAACAUUAUUAACACUCUGAACAUUAUUAGCACUCUGAACAUUAUUAGCACUCUGAACAUUAUUAGCACUCUGAACAUUAUUAGCACUCUAAACAUUAUUAGCACUCUGAACAUUAUUAGCACUCUGAACAUUAUUAGCACUCUGAACAUUAUUAGAACAUUAUUAGCACUCUGAACAUUAUUAGCACUCUGAACAUUAUUAGCACUCUGAACAUUAUUAGAACAUUAUUAGCACUCUGAACACUAUUAGCACUCUGAACAUUAUUAACACUCUGAACAUUAUUAGAACAUUAUUAGCACUCUGAACAUUAUUAACAUUGAACAUUAUUAGCACUCUGAACAUUAUUAACACUUUGAACAUUAUUAGCACUCUUAACAUUAUUAGCACUCUGAACAUUAUUAGAACUCUGAACAUUAUUAGCACUCUGAACAUUAUUAGAACAUUAUUAGCACUCUGAACAUUAUUAGCACUCUGAACAUUAUUAGCACUCUGAACAUUAUUAGAACAUUAUUAGCACUCUGAACAUUAUUAGAACAUUAUUAGCACUCUGAACAUUAUUAGAACAUUAUUAGCACUCUGAACAUUAUUAGAACAUUAUUAGCACUCUGAACAUUAUUAGAACAUUAUUAGCACUCUGAACAUUAUUAGAACAUUAUUAGCACUCUGAACAUUAUUAGAACAUUAUUAGCACUCUGAACAUUAUUAGAACAUUAUUAGCACUCUGAACAUUAUUAGCUCUCUGAACAUUGUGUUUUUACUGCUGCGAGGGCAGCAGGGUUCUACACUAACUUGUUCAGUUGGUGGCACCAGCACAUGAUUUGGUCGCAGCAAUCUUUUAAAAAUAAAAUAAUGUAUAAUUGAUCAUGACCUGGCCUGUGUCCCUUAAUGUGAACUAGGCUAAUAAUGACUAGGCUUCUUUUAAAUGAGCAUGCUUGGGUUCUUACAGUGAUUUGGAUAGACUUACUGUAACAGCAAAGAAAAUACACUUAAAAUAAAGUGCAACAUUUAUUUAUUGCAGAUUUCAAAGUGCCAGUUGUUCUUUCCUGCGAAAUCCUCUAGAGGGCAGAGUAGAAAUAAAUAAAAACGAUACUUCAUACGAAAAUGAUACCACAAAAAAAAAAAACGUGGAGAAGGACUGUGAUUUCUGCCAGUUUUUUCAGGUUCUCGCUCUCAAAAUCACACUUUUUAAUAGAAAACAACAACAUUGGGUUCCUUGUUGUCCUUGUCCCUUGUAGUGUCAGCUGGGUUCCUUGGUGUCCUUGUCCCUUGUAGUGUUAGCAGGGUUCCUUGGUGUCCUUGUCUCUUGUAGUGUCAGCUGGGUUCCUUGGUGUCCUUGUCCCUUGUAGUGUCAGCUGGGUUCCUUGGUGUCCUUGUCCCUUGUAGUGUUAGCAGGGUUCCUUGGUGUCCUUGUCCCUUGUAGUGUCAGCUGGGUUCCUUGGUGUCCUUGUCUCUUGUAGUGUUAGCUGGGUUCCUUGGUGUCCUUGUCUCUUGUAGUGUCAGCUGGGUUCCUUGGUGUCCUUGUCCCUUGUAGUGUCAGCUGGGUUCCUUGGUGUCCUUGUCCCUUGUAGUGUUAGCAGGGUUCCUUGGUGUCCUUGUCUCUUGUAGUGUCAGCUGGGUUCCUUGGUGUCCUUGUCUCUUGUAGUGUCAGCUGGGUUCCUUGGUGUCCUUGUCCCUGUCAGCCUGACACAAACACAUUAAUGAAGUCUGUCCUUGUUGUAGCUAGUCAGUCCCACCAUUUUUGAGAUGUUGAAGAGUUAUUGAAGGGUGACUGGAUCAUGUUUUAAAACGAGAAAGCGACCGAAAAACGGGUUCCCUUUGUAAUGGAACGCUUUGUAUGGAAAACCAAGUUGAAGCCAACAUUCGAUGUUGUCUUGCUCAUAAUAACCGUGCAUGGUUUUACUGCAACAAGCGCAACAGACUAGCUCAACACCCUACAUUUCUGAUCAGAAAUUAAAUCACGUAAGAAUUAUAUUGGGGAAGUAGAACUUGUAAAUCGGCUACCAUAACAUUAAUUACUUUUCAAGGACCAAAUAGCCUAGAGGAAAUGUCUGAUUUUCAAGGCAGGCUAUUCCAUGAUGACUGAAUUGUGCAUUGCAAAUAUCCAAUCAAGACUUUGAACUUUUUAAAUAUCUGGUUUUCGUACCCAUUCUUGCCUUUAGCAUUUACUGGUAGAUAUAACUUGGAACACCUUUCCUACCGCUGUCCUCCCCAUACUGCUGUCAGUUUUCGCUCCAUGCAACAACCAGCUGUUUGACAGCUGCACGCUCUCUCUGCCCGACAGAUUAUCUAUAGGCUGUGUGUGUGUGCACAGCGCACGUAUUUCUCUACUGUCUGGUUGAUAUGGCGAUAAUACAUUUCCCCCUCUGUCUGGUGAAAUAUCUCUCCUUCUCUGUGUGUUGAUGUGCAGGUCACGGAGACAGCAACAGCAGAAACAUUCCUACUCUGGUCAAAGACAUCAGUAACGUAGGAGAGGUGUCUUGUGGGAGUUCUCACACCAUAGCUUUGUCAAAGGAUGGCCGCACCGUGUGGUCCUUCGGCGGGGGAGACAAUGGUGGGCGAAGCCUCCGGACACAAGACUGGAAUCCACCUGAUGUUUUUAUAUUAAAUAGCAAAAUAUAUCUCAAUAUAUCUCGAAAUGUCGACAUAUAUAUGGAAAUAUAUAUCGAUACAUAUCAUUUAUUGUGUAAUUCUGUCUUCGUAUUGAGGUAUGGGUUUUACAUAAAUAAUAUGAAUGGUAAUAUAUCUGUAAAUAUCUAUAAAUGUGUAAUUUUGUCUACCCUUCAGGGAAACUGGGUAAAUGUGUAAUUUUGUCUAUCCUUCAGGGAAACUGGGUAAAUGUGUAAUUUUGUCUACCUUUCAGGGAAACUGGGUAAAUGUGUAAUUUUGUCUAUCCUUCAGGGAAACUGGGUAAAUGUGUAAUUUUGUCUAUCCUUCAGGGAAACUGGGUAAAUGUGUAAUUUUGUCUACCCUUCAGGGAAACUGGGUAAAUGUGUAAUUUUGUCUAUCCUUCAGGGAAACUGGGUAAAUGUGUAAUUUUGUCUACCCUUCAGGGAAACUGGGUAAAUGUGUAAUUUUGUCUACCCUUCAGGGAAACUGGGGCAUGGAGAUACAAACCGCGUGUACAAACCCAAGGUAGUGGAGGCCUUGCAGGGGAUGUUCAUAAGGAAAGGGUGUGCUGGAAGCCAGUCCUCCCUGGCCCUGACCUCCACUGGACAGGUAGGAUUGGCAGUUUACUGGCAGUUUACACUUUUUAUGAACGGGAGGGAGGAAUCUUGAACGUUUGCAACUUAAUCGUUUGGAACUCUUUUUCAGUUGUCUCUUGUCAAAAUAGUUUUUUAACUAUUGUUCUAGUGACUGGUCCUAUAUCCUGUGUUCUAGUGACUGGUCCUAUAUCCUGUGUUCUAGUGACUGGUCCUAUAUCCUGUGUUCUAGUGACUGGUCCUAUAUCCUGUGUUCUAGUGACUGGUUCUAUAUCCUGUGUUCUAGUGACUGGUCCUAUAUCCUGUGUUCUAGUGACUGGUCCUAUAUCCUGUGUUCUAGUGACUGGUCCUAUAUCCUGUGUUCUAGUGACUGGUCCUAUAUCCUGUGUUCUAGUGACUGGGUCCUAUAUCCUGUGUUAUAGUGACUGGUCCUAUAUCCUGUGUUCUAGUGACUGGCCCUAUAUCCUGUGUUCUAGUGACUGGUGCUAUAUCCUGUGUUCUAGUGACUGGUGCUAUAUCCUGUGUUAUAGUGACUGGUCCUAUAUCCUGUGUUCUAGUGACUGGUCCUAUAUCCUGUGUUCUAGUGACUGGUCCUAUAUCCUGUGUUCUAGUGACUGGUGCUAUAUCCUGUGUUCUAGUGACUGGUCCUAUAUCCUGUGUUAUAGUGACUGGUCCUAUAUCCUGUGUUCUAGUGACUGGUCCUAUAUCCUGUGUUCUAGUGACUGGUCCUAUAUCCUGUGUUCUAGUGACUGGUGCUAUAUCCUGUGUUAUAGUGACUGGUCCUAUAUCCUGUGUUAUAGUGACUGGUCCUAUAUCCUGUGUUCUAGUGACUGGUCCUAUAUCCUGUGUUAUAGUGACUGGUUCUAUAUCCUGUGUUCUAGUGACUGGUCCUAUAUCCUGUGUUCUAGUGACUGGUUCUAUAUCCUGUGUUCUAGUGACUGGUCCUAUAUCCUGUGUUCUAGUGACUGGUCCUAUAUCCUGUGUUCUAGUGACUGGUCCUAUAUCCUGUGUUAUAGUGACUGGUCCUAUAUCCUGUGUUCUAGUGACUGGUCCUAUACCCUGUGUAAUAGUGACUGGUCCUGUGUUCUAGUGACUGGUCCUGUGUUCUAGUGACUGGUCCUAUAUCCUGUGUUCUAGUGACUGGUCCUAUAUCCUGUGUUGUAGUGACUGGUCCUAUAUCCUGUGUUAUAGUGACUGGCCCUAUACCCUGUGUUAUAGUGACUGGCCCUAUGUUGUCCUGUGUUAUAGUGACUGGUCCUAUAUCCUGUGUUAUGUCUAGGUGUAUGCCUGGGGCUGUGUUCUAGUGACUGGUCCUAUAUCCUGUGUUAUGUCUAGGUGUAUGCCUGGGGCUGUGGGGCCUGUCUGGGCUGUGGGUCCUCUGAAGCCACUGCUCUGAGACCAAAGCUGAUUGAGGAGUUGGCAGCGACCAGGGUGGUAGACCUCUCCAUAGGAGACAGCCACUGUGUAUCUCUCUCACACGGUAAAACAUCCAAACACUUAAAAAAAAAAAUAUUUUAAAUAGAUGUUUUCAGUAUUUUGUAUGUUUCUUGGCUAGUGAGAUGGAGAUAGAAGGUAGUAGGAGCGAGACAGCAGCUUAAACCACUAGACCACCCCAGGCAAUAUAUACGAUUAUUUACUAAAGAUUGUUCCAGUGUAUUGGACAGAGACAGUGCAGAGAUACAGGGGAAUAAGGAGGAUAGUCUGCUAGCUGGGCUAAUCGCUAGACCACCCAGACCACCCUUUAACCACAAGUUAAACACACAACACCUGGAGAGAGCUAGAGAUGAGGCAGUAUUGACUUAUCCUGUAUGAACUGUUUACUAGAGAUUCUCUUGUUUAUCUGUAAAGUUCAAACAGGAUAAGUCAUAUAUUCUGUUGUUUCUGAAAGGGGAGAUUCUUAUGAUUCCAUACAAUGCAAGUGCACAUUUCACCACUUCUUAACCCCAUUUCUUAACCUCACACCACUUUUUUUAAACCACGUCAUAACAUCCCAAGAAAAUGACCCCCCCCCCCUGUGAUGAAUGAUUGAAUCCACUGAUAUGAAAUGUUUUGUCUGUCAUCUCUCUCUCCUCCUCCUAGACAAUGAGGUGUAUGCGUGGGGGAACAACUCGAUGGGCCAGUGUGGCCAGGGUAACUCUACUGGUCCCAUCACCAAGCCUAAGAAGGUGGUCGGUCUGGACGGUGUGGCCAUCCAGCAGAUCUCAGCUGGCACCUCCCACAGCCUGGCAUGGACCGCUCUGCCCAGGGACAGGUUGGUACUCCUACCGGACCCGGUAGAAAUAUAGCAUUUAGAAGAGACAUGAUGCCCAGGGUCAGGUCAGUAUAGAAAUAUAGAAGAGACAUGAUGCCCAGGGACAGGUCAGUAUAGAAAUAUAGCAUGUAGAAGAGACAUGAUGCCCAGGGACAGGUCAGUAUAGAAAUAUAGCAUGUAGAAGAGACAUGAUGCCCAGGGACAGGUCAGUAUAGAAAUAUAGAAGAGACAUGAUGCCCAGGGACAGGUCAGUAUAGAAAUAUAGAAGAGACAUGAUGCCCAGGGACAGGUCAGUAUAGAAAUAUAGCAUUUAGAAGAGAUGAUGCCCAGGGACAGGUCAGUAUAGAAAUAUAGCAUGUAGAAGAGACAUGAUGCCCAGGGACAUGUCAGUAUAGAAAUAUAGCAUGUAGAAGAGACAUGAUGCCCAGGGACAGGUCAGUAUAGAAAUAUAGAAGAGACAUGAUGCCCAGGGACAGGUCAGUAUAGAAAUAUAGAAGAGACAUGAUGCCCAGGGACAGGUCAGUAUAGAAAUAUAGCAUGUAGAAGAGACAUGAUGCCCAGGGACAGGUCAGUAUAGAAAUAUAGCAUGUAGAAGAGACAUGAUGCCCAGGGACAGGUCAGUAUAGAAAUAUAGCAUGUAGAAGAUACAUGAUGCCCAGGGACAGGUCAGUAUAGAAAUAUAGCAUGUAGAAGAGACAUGAUGCCCAGGGACAGGUCAGUAUAGAAAUAUAGCAUGUAGAAGAGACAUGAUGCCCAGGGACAGGUCAGUAUAGAAAUAUAGCAUGUAGAAGAGACAUGAUGCCCAGGGACAGGUCAGUAUAGAAAUAUAGCAAGUAGAAGAGACAUGAUGCCCAGGGACAGGUCAGUAUAGAAAUAUAGCAUGUAGAAGAGACAUGAUGCCCAGGGACAGGUCAGUAUAGAAAUAUAGAAGAGACAUGAUGCCCAGGGACAGGUCAGUAUAGAAAUAUAGCAUGUAGAAGAGACAUGAUGCCCAGGGACAGGUCAGUAUAGAAAUAUAGCAUGUAGAACACACAGCCUGGCGUGGACCGCUCUGCCCAGGGACAGGUACAGGUACAGGUACAGAACCAAUGGUUUUCUGAGGUCUGCCUUCAGUAGGGCACAACGUUGUGGAAGUAGAACUCUGCUGUGUAGAACACAAGCCUCUCUGAUCCUUUAGAGAGAGGAGAAGGGAAGCAUGUCAGCUCUUCAUGAAAUUAGGGACGCAUUCAGAUGUAGUGAGCUGAGCUGACCUCUGAUGUGUGGAGUUAAAUACCUAUUAUUGAGCCCCACCGAUAUGUUGGUUCACCGACAUUAUCGGCCGAUAUUGGCCUUUUACCGAUAAUUCCACCGAUAACCAAUAUUGAAUAAAUAGGAUGAAAAAGGUAAUCUCAUGCUAAUUUGAACACCUGCGGCCAUUCUCAUGAUGUCAAUAAUGUCACAAUGUAUGAAAUCAACAUUUGAAGCAUAGUUAUUGGACAAUUGCUCUUUUGGAUGGAAAUGUAUGAAAAUUCAGUGUGGAAAUUUUUUACUUUUUAUUUCAGUGUAUCGGCAGAUCUAUCGUUAACCCCCCCCCCCCCCCCCAAAAAAAAAAUUCUGACCCAAAAAGCCAUAUCGGUUGGGCUUUACUAAUUACGCUAGCAUCUCUACCCAUGGUAUUUCUAUGUGGAAUGCUGAGUCUGCUGCAGCAUUCAGCAGGCGGCCCUGGACUUCAGACCUCCAGGGGGUCAGCAGGGACUAUUCCUACUGUUCACACACACACACACACACACACACACACACACACACACACACACACACACACACACACACACACACACACACACACACACACACACACACACACACACACACCACACACACACACACACACACACACACACACACACACACACACACACACACACACACACACACACACACCACACACACACCACACACACACCACACACACACACACACACACACACACACACACACACACACACACACACACACACACACACACACACACACAGACACAACACACACACACACACACACACACACCUCCCUUCCAAAUCUGAUCUUGUUGAGAAGCUUGGGCCUACCGAGUUUACACAUACUAUGGUGUUGAGGAGUUAUUUUUUUUAGAUAUGAGAUGAUAGUGAACUAGCUAUAAUAUAUUGUUGUGUUUUGACUUCCUGGACAGACAGGUGGUAGCAUGGCACAGACCCUACUGUGUGGACCUGGAAGAAAGCACUUUCUCUCACCUGCGUUCCUUCCUAGAGCGCUACUGUGACGGCAUCAACAGCGAGGUGCCACCCCUCCCCUUCCCCUCGUCCAGGUGGGUACCUGCAGGCACCAGGGGUGAACCCUACAGGUGGAGGCUCAUAGUAAAGACUGGAAUGGGAUCAUUGGAACGGUAUCCAGCUCAUGGAAACCAUGUGUUUAAAUGUUGUUCCAUUCAUUCCAUUCUAACCCCCCAUUCCAAUGAAACCGUCUCUCAGAUUUAAAGUGACAGUAGCCUCCACCUACGUCAGGUGACUAUUCAUCUGAGGCAUUAACAGUCCCAUAAGACCAAUGCAAAUACAAUAUACUUCUGUAGCAUUUGACUCACGCUACGAUCAUUGAGAUGAAUGAAAACUGUUGCGUUGACUUUCUGCUGUGUUUUAUCCAGACAAUAUCAUAACACUCUAUUCUACUGCUUCAUUACAGGGAUCAUCACAACUUCCUGAAACUCUGCCUUCGACUGCUGUCCAAUCACCUGGCUCUGGCUCUGGCUGGGGGCGUGGCCACCAGUAUCCUAGGGCGACAGGCCCGCCCCCUCCGGAACCUUCUCUUCAGACUGAUGGACUCCUCUGUUCCUGAUGAGAUCCAAGAGGUGAGCACUGGCUUACACAGUAAUCACUAGAUUAGCUGUUCAUUGAAGGGUGUCUGUAAACAGGCCAAAUGUUUACACUAUAGAUUGACAACAUGACCUUUCAGACUAGAGAUGGUAAUAUGGACUCUGGAUAUGUGAAGCAACAAGGCUUCAUCUGUUGACUGACUGGUCUGAACUUGACUACAUGCCAGCUCCUUAACCCCUUGGGGUUUGUCCCUGAGCCAACCCCGGUGUCACUGUGUUGUGGUUGUCAGGCUGGGAUUGAGAUCGAUAGUCAUGCUGUUACCUCCUCUCAUUCUGAGGCGUUGUUGUUGUUGUUGUUGUUGUUUAUGCCAGGCUGUGAUUGAGACUCUCUCUGUAGGGGACUGUGGUACAUCUCUGUGGUACAUCUCUGUGUAACCAGGCUGUGAUUGAGAUGCUGUCUGUAGGGGACUGUGGUACAUCUCUGUGUAACCAGGCUGUGAUUGAGAUGCUGUCUGUAGGGGACUGUGGUACAUCUCUGUGGUACAUCUCUGUGGUACAUCUCUGUGUAACCAGGCUGUGAUUGAGAUGCUGUCUGUAGGGGACUGUGGUACAUCUCUGUGGUACAUCUCUGUGGUACAUCUCUGUGUAACCAGGCUGUGAUUGAGAGCUGUCGUAGGGGACUGUGUACAUCUCUGUUGUACAGUCUCUGUGGUACACUGUGUCCAGGCUGUGAUUGAGGCCUGUAGAGGGACUGUGUACAUCUCUGUGUACAUGCUCUGUGGUACAGUUCUCUGUGUAACAGGCUGUGUUGAGAGCUGUCUAACACUGUGGUCUCUCUGUUGUACAGUCUCUGUGUCUCUUGUUGUCCAGGCUUGAUGACACUCUGUCUCUGGUGUGGCUUUUAACCUGUGUCUCUGUGUUGUCAGGCUCUAACACUGUGUCUCUGUGUUGUCAGGCUCUAACACUGUGUCUCUGUGUUGUCAGGCUCUAACACUGUGUCUCUGUGUUGUCAGGUUCUAACACUGUGUCUCUGUGUUGUCAGGUUCUAACACUGUGUCUCUGUGUUGUCGGGUUCUAACACUGUGUCUCUGUGUUGUCUGCUGUAACACUGUGUCUGUUGUGUUGACCCAUCUCCCUGUUUUCUCCAGGCUGUGAUCGAGACUCUGUCUGUGGGGGCCACUAUGCUGUUACCUCCUCUGAGAGAGAGGAUGGAGCUUCUUCACUCCCUGCUGCCCCAGGGACCUGACCGCUGGGAGAGUCUGUCUAAAGGACAGGUAUAGUCCAUAGGUGUAUUGCACGUCGGGCCGAACAACGCCAUUUACCUGUGACUAUAUCAAUAAGGCCCUAGUUCUAAUUAAGCAAUAAGGCCCGAGGGGGUGUGGUAUAUGGCCAAUAUACCACGGCUAUGGGCUGUUCUUAAACACGACGCAACACGGAGUGUCUGGAUACAGCCCUUAGCCGUGGUAUAUUGACCAUAUAUCACAAACCCCUGAGGUGUCUUAUUGCUAUUAUAAACUGGUUACCAACGUAAUUAGAGCAGUAAAAUGUAAUGUUGUGUCAUACCCGUGGUAUACGGUCUGAUAUACAACAGGUGGGUCUAAUCCUGAGUGCUGAUUGGUUAAAAGUGCAUUCCAGCCGGUGUCUAUUCCACAAGUUACCACCGGCUAAAUCUAUGACGUUAAAAUGCCUAUUUACUCUGUUCCAUCUGACUGCCCAAUCCACUGUCUCAUCAGCCCAGCCAGGCAAUUUAUAAACUUGAUCUCCACUAUAAAAAGCAUCUAGACAUUAUCUCACAUUUCUUUUAGACUAGCAUUUGGUUUUCAACAGCGGAGAUUUGUAUAAACCUUGCUGUCUGUCACUCCGACAUUUGCAACAUUGUUUCACUAUUGAAAUCGAUCUCCAGCUGUCCCAUAGUAAUGAACGUGUCAGGAGUCGGGAUUUGUGAUGAGACAGACAGGCAGGCAGCUUUUCUCAACCAGUCGAAAUCAUGAAUCAGCAUCAUUUUUAUGGAUAUAUACAAAUAAAUAUCAAUAGAAAACAGGUCAAACGAAACUAAGUGCACGUUUGGUGAAAAUGCUGCCAUAGAUAGAUAGAUAGCUGACCUCUGUGUAUCUCUCUUUAGCCGCAUCCUGUCCCUGUCCCUGUCCCUGACCUCUGACCCCUGACCCCUGACCUCUGACCCCUGAUCUCUGACCCCUGAUCUCUGACCCCUGAUCUCUGACCCCUGAUCUCUGACCCUGAUCUCUGACCCUGUGUUUCCAGAGGAUGCAGCUGGACAUCAUUCUGACUUCGCUCCAAGACCACACCCAUGUAGCGUCCCUCCUGGGGUUCAGCUGUCCCCCUGACGCCCCCGAGGCCCUGGCCUCCUCCUCCGCCUCCUCCUGCAGCCUGGACCCCCCUUACGGAGCCCCCGGCACCAACCCUGACACACACCUGGCCGAGAUCCUAAUGAAGACCCUGCUCAGGAACCUGGGCUUCUACACGGUGAGGAGAGAGGCAGCAUGGUUGUUCCAGAUCAUUCUAUCUCAUAGAGAGUGUAUAGUAGGGCUCUACCGUUAUUUAGGCAGGGGGGGGUCCUGCGUUAUUGUUGCUUCAGGAUUGAAGGUAGGGAAUGGAUGGAGAACAAACCCUGCACCGCUGUUCUUGGGAGUCUUCCAGUCUAUGACUAGGGGCGGCAGGUAGCUUAGUGGGUAAGAGCGUUGUGCCAGUAACCGAAAGGUCGCUGGUUCUAAUCCCGGAGCCGACUAGGUGAAAAAUCUGUCGAUGUGCCCUUAAGCAAGGCACUUAACCCUAAUUGCUCCUGUAAGUCGCUCUGGAUAAGAGCGUCUGCUAAAUGACUUAAAAUGUAAAUGUAAAAAUAUGACUAUAUCUGAAAUAGGAUUUACAGCGGUAAUACAGUAAUUAAACCAUUGAACACUGAAUAGACUGUUUACAAUAAUAUUGUUAGCCUAGAUGAAAAACGGUCUCCUCUCCUAACGCUGUUAUGUCUCCUGAAACAGCUCUGGGCAAGUAAAACAUCCUGUCUUUAAAACCAUGCAAAAAACAACCUGUUGCUCUGCUGUUUUACCUUGUCGUACUGCAUAGUGAGACUGUCACCCUCUCCUCUCUCCUCUCCUCUCCCAUUAGAGCUCAGCUGGCAGUAACACAGUCUCUUCCUCUCCUCUCCCAUUAGAGCUCAGCUGGCAGUAACACAGUCUCCUCCUCUCUCCUCUCCUCUCCCAUUAGAGCUCAGCUGGCAGUAACACAGUCUCCUCCUCUCUCCUCUCCUCUCCCAUUAGUGCUCAGCUGGCAGUAACACAGUCUCCUCCUCUCUCCUCUCCUCUCCCAUUAGAGCUCAGCUGGCAGUAACACAGUCUCCUCCUCUCUCCUCUCCUCUCCCAUUAGAGCUCAGCUGGCAGUAACACAGUCUCCUCCUCUCUCCUCUCCUCUCCCAUUAGAGCUCAGCUGGCAGUAACACAGUCUCCUCCUCUCCUCUCCCAUUAGAGCUCAGCUGGCAGUAACAAGUUCCUCUUCCCUCCUCCUCUCCCAUUAGAGCUCAGCUGGCAGUAACACAGUCUCCUCCUCUCCUCUCUCCUCCCAUUAGAGCUCAGAUUGGCAGUAACACAGUCUCCUCCUCUCUCCUCUCCUCUCCCAUUAGAGCUCAGCUGGCAGUAACACAGUCUCCUCUCCAUGCCUCCUGGCAUAACACCGUCUCCUCUCCCAUUAGAGCUCAGCUGGCAGUAACACAGUCUCCUCCUCUCCUCUCCCUCCAUUAGAGCUCAGCUGGCAGUAACACAGUCUCCUCCUCUCCCCUCUCCUCUCCCAUUAGAGCUCAGCUGCAGUAACACAGUCUCCUCCUUAACUCACUCUACCGUCCUCUCCCAUUAGAGCUCAGCUGGCAGUAACACAGUCUCCUCCUCUCCUCCUCCCAUUAGAGCUCAGCUGGCAGUACACAGUCUCCUCCUCCUCCUCUCCUCCCAUUAGAGCUCAGCUAGCAGUAACACAGUCUCCUCCCUCCUCUCCUCUCCCAUUAGAGCUCAGUGGCAGUAACACAGUCUCCUCCUCUCCUCUCCUCUCCCAUUAGAGCUCAGCUGGCAGUAAACACAUUUCUCCUCCUCUCCUCUCCUCUCCCAUUAGAGCUCAGCUAGCAGUAACACAGUCUCCUCUCUCCUCCUCUCUCCUCUCCCAUUAGAGCUCAGAUGGCAGUAACACUGUCUCCUCCUCUCCUCUCCUCUCCCAUUAGAGCUCAGCUGGCAGUAACACAGUCUCCUCCCUCCUCUCUCCUCUCCUCUCCCAUUGGAGCUCAGCUGGCAGUAACACAGUCUCCUCUCUUCCUCUCCUCUCCCAUUAGAGCUCAGCUGGCAGUAACACGUCUCCUCCUCUCCCCUCUCCUCUCCCAUUAGAGCUCAGCUGGCAGUAACACAGUCUCCUCCUCUCCUCUCUCCAUUAGAGCUCAGCUGGCAGUAACACAGUCCUCCUCUCUCCUCUCCUCUCCCAUUAGAGCUCAGCUGGCAGUAACACAGUCUCCUCCUCUCCCCUUCCUCUCCCAUUAGAGACUCAGCUGGCAGUAACACAGUCUCCUCUCCCAUUAGAGCUCAGCUAGCAGUAACACCAGUCUCCUCCUCUCUCCUCUCCUCUCCCAUUAGAGCUCAGCUGGCAGUUAACACAGUCUCCUCCUCUCUCCUCUCCUCUCCCAUUAGAGCUCAGCUGGCAGUAACACAGUCUUCCUCCUCUCUCCUCUCCUCUCCCAUUAGAGCUCAGCUGGCAGUUAACACAGUUUCCUCCUCUCCCCAUUAAGCUCAGCUGGCAGUAACACAGUCUCCUCCUCUCUCCAAUUAGAGCUCAGCUGGCAGUAAACACAGUCUCCUCCUCUCUCCUCUCCUCUCCCAUUAGAGCUCAGCUGGCAGUAACACAGGUCCAUCUCUCCCUGGCAGUAACACAGUCUCCUCCUCUCUCCUCUCCUCUCCUCUCCCAAUUAGAGCUCAGCUGGCAGUAACACAGUCUCCUCCUCUCUCCUCUCCUCUCCCAUUAGAGCUCAGCUGGCAGUAACACAGUCUCCUCCUCUCCCCUCCUCUCCUCUCCCAUUAGAGCUCAGCUGGCAGUAACACAGUCGCCUCCUCUCUCUCCUCUCCUCCUCCCAUUAGAGCUCAGCUAGCAGUAAACACAGUCUCCUCCUCUUCCCCUCCUCUCCUCUCCCAUUAGAGCUCAGCUGGCAGUAACACAGUCUCCUCCUCUCCUCUCCUCUCCCAUUAGAGCUCAGCUGGCAGUAACACAGUCUCCUCCUCUCCUCUCCUCUCCCAUUAGAGCUCAGCUAGCAGUAACACAGUCUUCUCCUCUCCUCUCCUCUCCCAUUAGAGCUCAGAUGGCAGUAACACAGUCUCCUCCUCUCCUCUCCCAUUAGAGCUCAGCUGGCAGUAACACAGUCUCCUCCUCUCCCCUCUCCUCUCCUCUCCCAUUAGAGCUCAGCUGGCAGUAACACAGUCUCCUCCUCUCUCCUCUCCUCUCCCAUUAGAGCUCAGCUGGCAGUAACACUUUCUCCUCCUCUCCCCUCUCCUCUCCCAUUAGAGCUCAGCUGGCAGUAACACAGUCUCCUCCUCUCUCCUCUCCUCUCCCAUUAGAGCUCAGCUGGCAGUAACACAGUCUCCUCCUCUCUCCUCUCCUCUCCCAUUAGAGCUCAGCUGGCAGUAACACAGUCACCUCCUCUCCCAUUAGAGCUCAGCUGGCAGUAACACAGUCUCCUCCUCUCUCCCAUUAGAGCUCAGCUGCCAGUAACACAGUCUCCUCCUCUCUCCUCUCCUCUCCCAUUAGAGCUCAGCUGGCAGUAACACAGUCUCCUCCUCUCUCCUCUCCUCUCCUCUCCCAUUAGAGCUCAGCUGGCAGUAACACAGUCUCCUCCUCUCUCCUCUCCUCUCCCAUUAGAGCUCAGCUGGCAGUAACACAGUCUCCUCCUCUCUCCUCUCCUCUCCUCUCCUCUCCCAUUAGAGCUCAGCUGGCAGUAACACAGUCUCCUCCUCUCUCCUCUCCUCUCCCAUUAGAGCUCAGCUGGCAGUAACACAGUCUCCUCCUCUCUCCUCUCCUCUCCCAUUAGAGCUCAGCUGGCAGUAACACAGUCUCCUCCUCUCUCCUCUCCUCUCCCAUUAGAGCUCAGCUGGCAGUAACACAGGCUCCUCCUCUCUCCUCUCCUCUCUCCCAUUAGAGCUCAGCUGGCAGUAACACAGUCUCCUCCUCUCUCCUCUCCUCUCCCAUUAGAGCUCAGCUGGCAGUAACACAGUCUCCUCCUCUCUCCUCUCCUCUCCCAUUAGAGCUCAGCUGGCAGUAACACAGUCUCCUCCUCUCCCCUCUCCUCUCCCAUUAGAGCUCAGCUGGCAGUAACACAGUCUCCUCCUCUCUCCUCUCCUCUCCCAUUAGAGCUCAGCUGGCAGUAACACAGUCUCCUCCUCUCUCCUCUCCCAUUAGAGCUCAGCUGGCAGUAACACAGUCUCCUCCUCUCCCAUUAGAGCUCAGCUGGCAGUAACACAGCCUCCUCCUCUCUCCUCUCCUCUCCCAUUAGAGCUCAGCUGGCAGUAACACAGUCACCUCCUCUCUCCUCUCCUCUCCCAUUAGAGCUCAGCUGGCAGUAACACAGUCUCCUCCUCUCUCCUCUCCUCUCCCAUUAGAGCUCAGCUGGCAGUAACACAGUCUCCUCCUCUCUCCUCUCCUCUCUCCCAUUAGAGCUCAGCUGGCAGUAACACAGUCGCCUCCUCUCUCCUCUCCUCUCCCAUUAGAGCUCAGCUGGCAGUAACACAGUCUCCUCCCCUCUCCCAUUAGAGCUCAGCUGGCAGUAACACAGUCUCCUCCUCUCCUCUCCUCUCCCAUUAGAGCUCAGCUGGCAGUAAGACAGUCUCCUCUCCCAUUAGAGCUCAGCUGGCAGUAACACAGUCUCCUCCUCUCCUCUCCUCUCCCAUUAGAGCUCAGCUGGCAGUAACACAGUCUCCUCCUCUCUCCUCUCCUCUCCCAUUAGAGCUCAGCUGGCAGUAACACCGUCUCCUCUCCCAUUAGAGCUCAGCUGGCAGUAACACAGUCUCCUCUCUCCUCUCCUCUCCCAUUAGAGCUCAGCUGGCAGUAACACAGUCUCCUCUCUCCUCAGUAACAGUGUGUGACUCAUCCUGGCUGAUCCACGUUAUUAUUGUAGCAGAUUGUUUUUCCUGGCUGCAGCCCAAAUGGCACCCUACUCCCUGUUUAGUGCACUGCUCUGGUCAAAAGUAGUGCGCUAUAUAGGGAAUAGGGUGCUAUUUGGGACACAUCCUAACGUUCAUCAUUGCACUGACUCCUCUCCUAAGACGGUGUUUUUAUUGAUCAUAAACCAUGUGUCCACUACCUCUCUUCUCCACCUGCAGAGACAGGCUAGGCAGAGCUCAUUCAUCUAGCUGCAGAUGUGGCUGUUACCCUGUGAGUCUGUCUCCUGGGUGUUAUUAAGCAGCAGAUAAUGACUAGACUGUUUUCUGUGCUUCUCUCUCUUGUUGCCUGGAUAUUCAUUGUGUGUCUGUGUGUGUGUGUGUCUGUGUGUGUGUGUGUGUGUGUGUGCGUGCCUCUGCGUUUGUGUGUCUGUGUGUCUGUGUGUCUGUGUGUCUGUGUGUGUGUGUGUGCGUGCCUCUGUGUGUGUGUGCAGGACCAAGCGUUUGGGGAGUUAGAGAAGAACAGCGACAAGCUUCUCCAGGGAACAUCGUCAUCAGACAGCAGUCAGCCGGCCCACCUCCACGAGCUGCUCUGCUCCCUACAGAAACAACUGCUGGCGUACUGCCACAUCAACUGUGUCACCGAGGUACGCAGGGAAGGGACACUCCUGAGGGGAGGACGGCUCAUAGUAAUGGCUGGAACGGAGUGAAUGGAAUGGCAUCAAACACCUGGUUUUCAUGUGGAAUGGUACCAUUCCAUUUACUCCGUUCCAGCCAUUAUCAGGAGCCGUCCUCCCCUCAGCAGCCUCCACUGACACUCACACACACUGGCAUGCAUGCAUACACACACACACACACACACACGCACGCACGCACACACACACACACACACAAUGGAGAGGACACACACACUGGCAUGCAUACACACGCACGCACGCACACACACACUCACACACACUGGCAUGCAUGCAUGCAUACACACGCACACGCACGCACGCACGCACACACUCACACACACACACACACACACACACACACACACAAACACACACACACACACACACACAAUGGAGAGGACACACACACAUUUUCUCAGAUGUUCUAUAUUGUGACGAUCACAGUCCCAUUCACAUAACUCGCUCAAGCUUGACAAAGCAGACCUUUUAUGCAAUAGAUUAGAGUUUUUUUUUAUGAAUGAAUGACGCUUACAUGUGUUUGUGUAACACAACUCGAGCAGCAGUAACAGUUUGUCUGAUACUUCCUGUCUUUAUAAUAUCUCCCAGAACUCUAGCAGUGUGGCUCUGCUCCACAAGCACCUUCAGCUGCUGCUGCCUCACGCUACGGACAUCUUCUCCCGCUCUGCCACCCUGCUCCGGGAGAGCUCCUGGAACGGCAGCGUCAGAGAGAAACUACGAGGUUAUUAUGACUACUACUGGAUCACUGGGUCUGUCUCUGUCUGUCUUGUCUCUCUGUCUCUCUCGCUCUCUUUCUCUCCCUCUCUCUCUCGCUCUCUUUCUCUCUCGCUCUCUUUCUCUCUCUCUCUCUCUCUCUCUCUAUCUCUCUCUCUCUCGCUCUCUCUCUCUCUCUCUCUCUCUCUCUCUCUCUCUCGCUCUCUUUAUCUCUGUCUCUCUCUCUCUCUCUCUCUCUCUCGCGCUCUCUCUCUCUCUUUCUCUCUCUCUCUCUCUAUCUCUCUCUUUCUCUCUCUCCCUCUCUCAUAGAGAGACAUUUCAAACAUUUUAUUCAGUGCCAAGAGAUGACGCCCAUCAUUCAUUGCACUCAGCAUUUAGCAGUCUUCUAACAUCCACUUUAUAUCACGUAGUGCUGAGGGAUUCACUGAUAUUUUGGUUAUUAUUGGAUUAAACAACUAAUUGACCGGUAGUCGGUUCAAUUAUUUGAAUUCCAUUUCGUUCAGGUUUUUUUUCUGUGAGCUCGAUGUGCAGUUUGUGUAGAGAGAAAUCGGAUCAAGCCUGAACUGUGCGAUGUGGUUUAGCGCAGAAAAUGUGGUAAUUAACUACAAUGACCAUAAUGCAUUGCGUGCCCGCUUAAACUUGUCCGGUCUGUGCGGAGCGAUGUAGUGGGAUAGAAAGCAGCUGCUUCACGAACAUGAAAAUACAUGAUCUAAGUGACUGAUAGUUGGUAUUCAGCAGUCAUAAAGUAUGCCUUUAUUUACUUUGAAGAACUACUAAAAUAGUUGUCUCCUCUGUUCCAUUCUAGAUGGAUCUAGGUGUCUUGUCAGAUCCUGGUUUUAUUUAACCUCUGUCUGUCUCCUCGUUCUAGAUGUGAUUCUAAGUGAUCAGCUCCUGGUUUAUUUAACCCUCUGUCUGUCUCACUCUGUUCUAGAUGUGAUCUACGGUGUCAGCUCCUGGUUUAUUUAACCCUCUGUCUGUCUCCUCUGUUCUAGAUGUGAUCUACGGUGUUCAGCUCCUGGUUUAUUUAACCCUCUGUCUGUUCUCCUCUGGUUCUAGAUGUGAUCUCCGGUUGUCAAGCUCCUGGGUUUAUUUAACCCUCUGUCUGUCUCCUCUGUUCUAGAUGUGAUCUACGGUGUCAGCUCCUGGUUUAUUUAACCCUCUGUCUGUCUGGUCUCCUCUGUUCUAGAUGUGAUCUACGGUGUCAGCUCCUGGUUUAUUUAACCCUCUGUCUGUCUCCUCUGUUCUAGAUGUGAUCUACGGUGUCAGCUCCUGGUUUAUUUAACCCUCUGUCUGUCUCCUCUGUUCUAGAUGUGAUCUACGGUGUCAGCUCCUGGUUUAUUUAACCCUUGUCUGCUCCUCUGUUCUAGAUGUGAUCUACGGUUGUGUCAAGCUCCUGGUUAUUUAACCCUCUGUGUCUGUCUCCUCUGUUCUAGAUGUGGAUCUACGGUUGUCAGCUCCUGGUUUAUUAACCCUCUGUCUGUCUCCUCUGUUCUAGAUGUGAUCUACGGCUUGUCAGCUCCUGGUUUAUUUAACCCUCUGUCUGUAUCCUCUGUUCUAGAUGUGAUCUACGGUUGUCAGCUCCUGGUUUAUUUAACCCUCUGUCUGUCUCCUCUGGUUCUAGAUGUGAUCUACGGGUGUCAGCUCCUGGUUUAUUUAACCCUCUGUCUGUCUCCUCUGUUCUAGAUGUGAUCUACGGUGUCAGCUCCUGGUUUAUUUUAACCCUCUUUGUCUGUCUUCCUCUGUUCUAGAUGUGAUCUACGGUGUCAGCUCCUGGUUUAUUUAACCCUCUGUCUGUCUCCUCUGUUCUAGAUGUGAUCUACGUGUCAGCUCCUGGUUUGUAUUUUAACCCUCUGUCGUCUCCUCUGUUCUCGAUGUGCUCUACUGUGUCAGCUCCUGGUUAUUUAACCCUCUGGUUCCUGUCUCCCUGUUCUAGAUGUGAUUCUACGUGUCCUCCUGGUUUAUUUCACUCCUCUGUCUCUCUCCUCUGUUCUAGAUGGAUCUACGGUGUCAGCGUCCUGGUUUAUUAAAAAAAACCUCGGUCUGGCUCCUCGGUUCUAGAUGUGAUCUGACGUGUCCAGCUCCUGGUUUAUUUAAACCAUCUGUCUUCCUCCUCUGGUCUAGAUGUGUCUACGGUGUCAAGCUCCUGGUUAUUAACCCGCUGUCUCUCUCUCUCUCCUCUGUUCUGAUGUGAAUCUCACGGUGUCACUCCUGGUUAUUAACCCUCUGUCUGUCUCCUCUGUUCUAGCAUUGAUCUACGGUGGUCAUCUCCUGGUUUAUUUAACGCCUCUUUCUGUCCUGUCUCCUCGUUCUGAUUAUCUACGGCUUCAUCUCCUGGUUUAUAUUUAAACCCUCUGUCUGUCUCCUCGUUCUAGAUGUGAUCUACGGUCAAGGCCGGCAUAUGCUUGUCAGAUCCAUCACCAGUCUGCUCUGCUAACCAGGCCUGUAGCAGACUCUCUGAUCUUCCUCCUGGACCUGCUGCCGCCUCCUCUAGAAACCGUCCUCAACAAACGCUGCUGCUGGCCACCCCACUGGAAACCAGGAACUGCAGGAACUGCCUUUGCCUCUACAUGGUAG